ACUUAAUAUGGCGGACGGAGCCAGGUAACACAUGUGGCUAGCUUCCAAAUCUGAUUUCUCAAAAAAAACGCAUUUGAUUUGAAGGAAUCUUUUUAAAUGGAGGCAGUAAGCAAGAAAAAGGGUAAGGAUGAAUAUCCAGUGGACGAAAAGAAACUACAGAAAUACCACCGAGGAAAGCAAAAUCGUUUCAAGGUAAGCGAAACGAAAGAAGCUUUAGUUUAUGUUGUGGUUUAACUUUUGUUGAAUCGAGAUAUUGUCUAGAUCUUGUGCUGAAGUGCCAUCUUCUUACUGUGAAACUAACCUGAAAGUUCUCGCCCAUCAGCAUGUAAAAGACAAGAAGCUGCGUGGGAAACUUAAGUCAUAUGAAUCACAACAUCAACAAGCAGCGAUACAGGCGGCUAGAUCAGAAAUUCUUCUAACAGAGCAACCUGGGUAUGAAAGAACUCUUGCUGUUACUUUAAUGCACCACUACGUCGUCAAACAGGAUUAUUAUGGUAGAAAGAGAGGCCUCAUUGUUCAGUUUCAUGUUUUAAUUAGAAUUCUCAAGCAGUUUGUCUUUGGGCAGGUUGUAUUUUCGAGCAAGAUCUACAAACACGAUAUUUGUAUGGUUAGGAUCUUGAACACUAGAUGGAGGCAUUCAAGCGCAGGCUGUUUAAUUGUGAUGUUAUUUAUUAUGUUUGUUUAAUUUUCUGUGUGUGUCUUUGCUUGGCAGGUUUUUGGAGGCAGAGGGUUUGGAGAAAACAUUUAAAUUCAAACAAAGGGAUAUUGUAAAUGCUGUUGAUGUUGCAAGUGCCCAGAAGUCUUUUGAGCUUAAGCUGGAUACAUUUGGACCUUACAGAAUAAAUUACACUCGUAAUGGAAGGUGGACAAAACUUUCUUUUAAGGCAUUAUUGGCUACAUAUAAAUGCUUAGUUUACUUCCUCUUUUUAGUUGAAUUUAUCAAAUAUCAAAGGCCUCUAUUACUGAUCUCUUUGUAAACACCACCUGGUUAGCUGAGUUAGAAGAUAGAAAGCAUAACAAAAUUUUGAGGGUUUUAGACCCAGAAGAGCUUUGUAAAACACUAUUAGUUUUUAGGCUGUGAUUUGAUAAGUACUGAGUACUGAGUACUCUUGCCAUUUAGAAAUUAACUGCCAGAAGUGGAUGUUUUUUCCUGGACUUUUAGAUUUCUUCUUAUUGGUGGGAAGAAAGGUCAUCUGGCCACAAUGGACUGGGAGAACAAGAGACUUGGUUGUGAAUUUCAUGUACAAGAGACUGUGCGAGAUGUCAGGUAAAGUUUAGUCUGCAGCACUGAAAAUUUUUGAUUGACACUCAUGGCUGUUGGUGAAAAUGUCUUCCACCUCAUUAUUUUAUUUUGCCUUUUUUGUAUUUUUCAGAUGGUUGCAUAUUGAAACUAUGUUUGCAGUUGCCCAAAAGAAAAAUGUCUUUAUUUAUGACAAUAAUGGAAUUGAACUUCAUUGCCUUAAGAAUCACAACCAAGUCAAUAGAUUAGAAUUUUUACCAUAUCACUUUCUUCUGGCUUCAGUGGUAAGUCAUUUGCUAUCAAUGAAAUUGUCUGUUGUCAAGAGAAAGUGGGAAACUGUUACUGGCAUGAACUCAGACAUGUAAUUUAGCUUCCUUUUGUUUUAACCCUUAAAAUCACAGAAGUGAUUAAUAUGUAACUUCUCCCUAUAAUUAACCAUACAUUUACCAGUUAACAAGUAAUGAGAAUACCCAGAGUUAUCAGGUAGAAGAAAGUUAUUAUCUUGAUCAAACACUUAAUUCCUGUAACUUAUUUUCAAGGAAAAGUGUAACAGUAAGAAGGGAAAAUUAAACAAUCAGAUUUUAGAGUUUAAGAGUUAAACAAUGUUCAUCAUCAGCAGCUAAUAUUACAAGCUUUUAAAUAUUCCAAGCUAAACCCUUUUUUAAUUGCUCUUUAUGAUAUUCUUUCAUACCUUUACAUUUCUUCUUAGGGUGACCAUGGAAUCCUCAAAUAUCAAGAUGUAUCAACAGGCAAACCAGUUGUUCAAUUGUUUUCUAAACUAGGGAAGUGUGAUUGUAUGACUCAAAAUCCUUCCAAUGCAGUCAUUCAUUUGGGACACUUCAAUGGUAAAUAUACUGUUACAAACAAAUAUAAUAAAAUGGAGGAGAACACUUCUAAAUACUCAUGUAACAGAAGUGAGCCCAAAUGGGAUGAGGACUGAAACUACUUCAAUCCCUAAGAGUGACCAGCAUCUUAUUUCUCCAAACAGUAUUAUCCUUGGAUCAAGCAUUACAAACAUGAGAAUUAUGUAAACAAUCAACAACUACAGAAGCUCUUGAUUGUUAAACAAAUUCUCCUUGUCAGCACCUUCAGAAAUUUAUAGAGAACAGUAUGGAGAGUACAUAUACUGAUGUUAAGUUGUAAAGGGUUAUUGGUUAUUUGAAUAAAUUGUGCACUGCCAACCUGCUCUGUGGCCUUAACAUUCUAGGACAGAAACAGACAGCCAAAGGAAAAAAAAAGAGACCAUUUGGUCAUAUUUGAUGUGAUACACAGCAUGACACUUGAUUUAUUUUGGGGUAUUUUUUACUUGGGAAAAAAAUAUAUAUGAAUUUUUGAACCUGUUAAGAAUCGCAAAUUGGUCCUUAUAGAAAGUUGUUUGGUCUUCUUGAUAUUGGUUUUGGAAGGCAAAUGUUCAAGCCAUGUGUAAAAGAAAUUUGAUGCCUCUGUUUCAGCAAUUUCAAUUUUUUUUUGUAAUAUUUUCCUUUGAAGAUCAAUGUGUUGCUAUUUAGUUACCAAGGGAGAAUUUGCAUGGAAUGGACUCGUUUACUUUGUAAUCAGCCAUUCUGUUCAAAUUAUGUCUGUCUGCAAGCUGUGGUUAUAAACUAAGGUAUCUUGUUGUUUUCAGGCACAGUAACAAUGUGGGCCCCAAACACAAAAGAUCCUCUUGUUAAGAUGUUAUGCCACAGAGGACCUGUACAGUCAAUUGCCAUUGAUACUAAAGGAAAGUAAGUAAAAUUUAUCUUGGAAAAAAUAUAUCCAACUUAUCCCCCUGGGAUUAUAUUCUGAUACCUGGCUUGGCUGAGGUUUUUUUCAAUGGGAAAGUGAGAGAGGGAAGUUCUUUACCUAGCAGAUAAUCAUUUGUUCUUCUCAUGAUUGUUCCAGUCUGUGGUACAUACAUCUUUUUCAACCAGAGAUUUCUAGAAAGAAGUUAAGCACUCAUUUCAAAAAUAAGUAUCAUACUUCACUCAGUUACCCUUAGUUAUCCUUGCUAUGGGUAAAAUUAUCUUUCUUUCACAGUGGGAAUCUUACAUUACCAUACGGACAAACUACGUGAAAUUAGGAAAAGAAUUUUAAACCAAGGUCAAAUCAAAUGCGGACAAAUUAUCAUAUUUAAUUUUUUAAUUAUUCAUUUUUCUACAUACCAUAUUUGCCCGCACAUAGGCCACACUUUUUUGAUGAAAAACCACCUUGAAAGUUUGCAGUGUGGCCUAUACGUGGGUACAAGAGUUCAUGUAGCCUUUGCACAGAAUAGAACAAACUCUUCUUAAUAUGAAGAGGAGAACUUAUUGUCUGAAUCACUGCAUAUGGUCUUAAUCAUCAACAAGUUCUCUGUUUCACAGUCAGUAUCCAAGCAGCAACUAUUUGGUGGCCACUGUAACUAAACUUGGGGGAUAAUUACCAAUAUGGUGACCUGUGUUUAGCAGUUACAUAGCAUGCUGUCAGCAAAGUUUUUAUAACCUAAUUUUGAUAACCUUUUUCCUGCUUUUCCAGAUAUAUGUUAUUAUAAUUUGUAAACAAAGAAAAAUAUUAGUAAACAUGCCAGUAGUUUGAAAGCAUUUUACUUGAAUUUCAUUCUAACACUGUCUUACCACAUGAAUCUUUUUAAAACUCAGUUACAUGGCAACAUCUGGUCUAGAUGGAAAAAUGAGGAUCUGGGAUGUAAGAACAUAUAAGGAACUUCACACAUAUUAUACUCCUACCCCAGCAAGUUGUCUUGCUAUCAGUCAACGAGGAUUGCUUGCUGUGGGUCAUGGACCACAUAUUCAGGUCUGCUGGGAGUUAAGAAAUUAAGUAAAGUCAAGAGGUGUUGGAGUCUAUGUAGUGGUUUUUGAUAGUUUUUUAUUUAUUUUUGGUUCCUUUUUUGUUUUUAUUUUGAAUGUAUGUUUUAUCUGCCACAAAGUGUAUUUUCAUUGUCUAAAAAUCAUGAUGGUUGAUUUUUCAUGUUAUCAAACAUGUUGCUGCUGCGUGGUUAAUACACACCUGGACUAAUGUUGAUGUUGAUUCUAGUUAUGGUUACCUUAACUAGAUUCCACAUCAACAUUAGUCCAGGCUUUUACUUUCAAGCCAAGGUUAUUGGAGUAAACACUUAAACAGACCUACAGUUUCUUUCUUUACUUUGAAGUUUAAGAAGAUACUAAAUAAAAAAAACUGUCUGAGAAACCUGAUGAAGUAUGCUCAGGGAUAGGAGUUAAAUACAUUUCAUUCUAAUUCCUCAAUGUAGUUAUAACUCUUUAAAACCAGUAUGAGUGACCAGGAUUUAAUAUUUCCUUACAAUAAUACUGCAAAUCUUUUAUUAAAUAAAAACAUAUGAAAUGAUCACCAACCUAGGAAGCUUUGAUUUUAAACAAAUUCUUCUUGUCAGUACCAAAGGAAAUGUAUAAAGAAGAGUGUGGAGAAUGUGGAUACUGAUGUUAUGGUUCAAGGUAGACUUAAUUUUAAUUUUGAGCUCACUCUUAGCUUCCUUUUCAUUGUUGUUGCAAACAGAUAUGGCGGGAUGCUUUCACUCAAAAACAGAAGUCUCCCUACAUGUCUCAUAUGUUUCCCUCUUGUACUGUUCAUGGCAUGCAGUUCUGUCCAUUUGAAGAUGUUUUAGGUGUUGGACACUCAAAAGGAUUUGGCAGCUUACUUAUACCAGGUGAGACUGUUGUUCCUUCAACUCUUAUGAGGGACUAAGACAGAAUUUCUCCUCACAAUGUCAUUGAAAUAUCAAGCAGACUUUUGAUGAGAAUUAAGGAAAAUGUCAGGUAGGGGAUUAUUAGUUGAUCCAAUACCAAAUUCUCCAAACUAACAUCGUACAAUUCAUAGCGGAGCUCGCAAAGCAUAGCCCCAUAAUUAUACAAAAUAGUAGUAUCCCAUCAAGCCGAAAAAAUUUGGAUGUACGACCGUACAGCUGUAUGACCAACCAUACAAGGUGCUACUUUUAGCAUGCACGGCCAACUGUACCACGAGCACUAUCUUAUAAUCAGUCCUCUACACGGACAUGGAGAAGUUGUGAAUGAAAAUCCAUUAAUAUUACCACACACUCUAUCCAUAAUAGGGGCUUAAGUUUUUUUGACGAGAUGUGUGGGAAAAAAAAUGCAAGCUUUGCUUUUUAGGCUUCCCUAAAUCUAUAUAUUAUGGCUGAUGAAAGAAGAAUUACUAAUGAGAUCUGGAGUGAAAGGGUUAAAUGUACAAUGGACAGAAUUAUUAUAUGAACCAAGGAUGGGCAAAGUACUAUUUUCAAUACUUAUAACACAACACCUGUGUUAUGCUGCUUCUUUCUUCAAUACCAACAUCAAUAUAAAUAUUGUGAUAUCAUUCAGUAAACGAGUAAAUAAUUAAUCUGUAUGAUUAACAAAAUGGGAGGUAGAUGUGUUUUAUUCAAUUUAUUCAAACUAGUCACAGAUUUAAAUUUAUUAACAAGUCAGAACAUUUUCUUGCUUGAUAAAAUGGUGGAGAAAACACAAUAUUUCCAACAUGUUUUUUGGUUUUUUUUUUUGCCUUUGGUGAUAACCAGAAGGACACAGGCUUAACAGGAGCCUUUUCUCAAUGUCGUGGAUUUUCAUCUUUUAUGGAAAGUUCAUUUGAAAUCCACUGUAAUACCAAUCUAUAAUGUUCUUGUAUCAUAUUAUUGUUUUUUUUUCUCUUCAGGUGCUGGUGAACCUAACUUUGAUGCAUUGGAGGCCAAUCCUUACCAAACCAAAAAGCAAAGACAGGAGUUUGAAGUCAAGGCUUUGUUAGAAAAGGUGAAAAAUGGAAACAAGCUUUCUAAUCAAAUAGUAUCUUGUCUAUGGUAAACACACCAGGAAUUAUGAUUUCAAGUAAUAUCCCUUCUAUUAUCUCGUAUUAUUUUGUUUCGCUUGUAAUUCACUGUUUGUACCUUGUUUUAAUUUGCAGAUUCAGCCAGAAUUAAUAACGUUAAACCCAAUGGAUAUCUUGCGUGUUAGUUAUCAGAAAAAAGGUUCAAAUACAAAUGACCAUGAUAAUGAUGAUGAGGAGGUAGGUACAGAAGAUGCAAAUAGAAGAUACUACUUAAAGGUGCAACUGUAAGACACAAGUGAUGCAGAUGAAAUUCUUACAUAUGUUCAUAUUGAUUAAAAUUUACAUUUCAACCAACAACUUAUCUGCAAUGAAUAGUUAUUCAAAUGAACUGUAUCCACCUUUUCUUUGUUACCUAGAAUUCAGAUGAGAAAUUUGAACCAAGACACAAAAUGAAGGGUCGUAGCUCUUCAAGAAAGCAUCAUCUAAGGAAGAAGGGUCAUGAAGAACAAGAGAAGAAGGUAAAUGGCCCAUUGUCAGAAAACUUGCAUCUGUUCAGUAUCACAUCAAGAUUGCAGUAGAGUCUAUUUAUUUUACUUCAUGAAGUUCUCAUAGGUUGAACUACCACUGAAAUCUCCACACAGAUUCAUUUCUCCUCCUUGGGUUCAUUCUGUUAAAUUGACAUGCCUUUCACUUGACUGCAUAUCAGAUCUAUUCUCCAAGAACUGACACAGCCACUUGUUCCUUAUGUCACAUGCUAGUUUUAGGUGUUACAAGGUUGUCGCUUCUACCAAAAUAUGUUGAAAGUGGAACUUUUCCUAAAGGAUGAUCACUCAGAAAAGGGUUUGGGAAGGUUAUGUAAAAUUAUUCCUGAGUGGGGAAAGUAUGAUUAAGGGAACGUUACUACAAAUGAUUAUUUUUUUUUAUAUGCUGGUUGUCAUUACUCUGGUAUAAUUGCAUAGGGUUUUUUUUGUUUUUUUUUUCCAGGAAAAAGUCAGACAAGCAAUGCAGAAGAAAAGAAAAGAAAGAAGAACAGAGAAAAUUAGUGAAGAAAGAUCUGUACAGUCAUUUUCUGCAUUAGAUAGAUUUCUACACUCUAAAGCAAAGUAGUGUCAAUCAGCAGAAAUGACUUGAUUACUAGAACAGUUUGUUUUUGUAAAAUAGUAUGUUAAAUCAAUUUUAAGCCUAAUAAAAGAAAUCACCCAAUCAUGUGUUAAAUUUACCUGCAAUGUUCUGCAACUUUUAAUUGCAAACUUGCUGACUAGUCCAACUACUGAUGGAGUUUAUUUUACUCUCACUGGUCAGUGUGGAAAAAUGCAAAAUAAAAGAGACAAGUGAAGUUGGCGAUCUAAGUGUUCUUUAUUACAAUUAACAGAACAU